GAGAAAUGGGCGAGAGGGAGGCCCAGCUGCGACGGAUCGCCAGCGCUGCUGGGAUCCGCUGUCGGGCCUCCCGAAGCCGUGCUGUCGUGGCCGCCUGCGGCGGCGCGGCCAUCUGCCUGGUGGCGCUGUUGCCCCGGCGGCGCUCGGGCGGCCAUGUGCUGCAGAGCCCUGCGCUCGGGCGGCAAGAGGACUGGAGCCAGGAGGUGACCCGCGCCGUCCUGGCGCCCAACCCGUCAUGCCUCUCCGGCACGCUCGCGCUGGCGGGUUGCAGGUCGAGCGGCGCGUGCGCGGCGCCGAAGCUCCGCGGGUGUGGCGGCGAGGCCCUGCGCCCCGCGGGGGAGUGGUCGCGCCUCAUGGAGUUCCUCCGGGCACGGCUGGACGCGGGGAGCAUCCUCUUCGCGGCGGACGCUGCCCACGUCAGCUUCGCCUACAGCUGCUGCAGCCCCCGCGGGCGAGAGGCCUGCGCGCUCUGGGGCGGCGCCGUGGGGUCGUUCCAGUUCCCCGACGUUCGCAUUCGGCUGCACGACCGCGUGGUCUGCGUGCACGACCCGAAGGACGGCAUCCCGAGCGUGUAUCUCGCGCUCGUCGCUGACCACGAGUCGCAGCUGAGGCUGUUCGGGGCGGUGCGCUCCUUCGAGAGGGCGCUAGGGGGAGCGGAGAGGCGCGAGCAACGUGGUCACGGGAAGCCGACCCAGACCACCGCUGUGAAAAGCUCGGCGGCGAGCGAGGGGGGGAAGUGAGAAGGAGAAGGCUUUCUCAGAAGGCGGCGGGUCUUCUUAGAAGCCCUUCGGCCUUCUGAGAAGUUUUCUGUCUCUCCAGGGAAGGCUCAGAACAACUUCUCAGCAGGCUGAGGGACUUCCGAGCCUUCUGAGAAGGCCCGCCCGUUUUCGCUUCCCCCCCAGGCUCGCCGCCGAAAAGCAGUCAUGGGUCCUGGAGGAUCUUUCAAUGCUCUUUUUUCUCAGACAGUAGGUCGCUUGACAAGGGCCCUGAGGCCCACAACGGGCUCCAGGGGCCGAAACUCAGAACUUUGGCGAAGGAUGGUUCCCAGAAUGCCCUGGGCGUGGGGGGAGAGGCGCGAGGGGCUUUUCCACAUGACGCUGAUGGUGGUCUCGGAGGCCAGCUGGAACAGCAGCCUCCAGGCGGCGGCCGACUCGGAGUGGGCGCGCCUCAACGCGGGCGUCGGGGACUUCGUCCUCUCGCGGGCCGCCCUCGACACCUCCGAGAUCGACCCUGGCGGCGCCCAGCGCCGCUGCGAGAGGUGAGCCGCGAGAUGCCCGAGCUGCGGGAUGCCCGAGCUGCAAGUGUGCCCGAGCUGCGCGGGAGGCCCCCCCCCCCCCGGGCCGCUGCGGCGCCCGGGCGCCGGGCGCUGGGGCCCUGGCCGCGAGGGAGUCUGGACGCCCAAACCUCCUCCUCCCUCCUCCUUCUCCCUCCUCCUCCCCC